CGCCAACUUCACAUCCUUAAUCCAAAUCAAGACACACCCAGAGGAUCUGAACAUGCAAAACAACUCUUAUGUACUUCUGAAAAUCCAAAAACAGUGACAGUUAAAUUCUGAAACCUAAAGAGCAGCAUGGCCACUGUAGGAGCAGGAUCAACAUGUUUGGUGAUGUUUGUUGCUGUCUUGCUCAUUUGCAUACCUCUGGGGAACACGUAUGAAGUUUAUGAUUACUCAGACUUCAAUGAAGAGUAUAGUUACACAGAUGCACAUCUGUAUGAGUUACGACAAAAACGAGAUGUCAAGGCAGAUCCAGUAGAGUAUGUUGUAGUGGCAAAGUUGACAACACAAGAGCUGAUUUCAGUGGAUAUGAUCAAAUUUUUCAUGGAGUCAUGGGGUCUUCCAGUUCUGCUAGAAAACUCUACUAGAAUUGUUGGUCUGGAUGUUACAACAGUGUGCCAGCAGUCUGGAGAUGGAACAUGGUGCCAAUGUGAGAAUUCGUAUGUUUGGGCAUACAACAACUGUUUGAUAUAUCACUCAUGUGAUAAAAUAUCUAGUGGAUCGUGUGAUUGUAUCCUUGGCACUCCAAGUAGUGGGCAGAUGUGCAUUCCAAAAAGUGAACUGCCAGUCUUUGACUUUACAGUUAAGAUCAAUACAAAUAUACCUGUAAAUACUGUGAUGACCUUUGUACAGUCUUUACGUUUCCCAAUUCUUUUUGGUACUGUACUGGAAAUCACAAACAUGGACUUAACUACAGUGUGCGGUGUAAUUAAUGGUAAAUACUAUUGCCAGUGUGAAAAACAGUAUUUCUGGCCAUGUGACAUGUGUUUGAGCUACGGGUCCUGUGAUACCAUCAGCAAUAACAUAUGUGGAUGCAUCAGUGGUUUUCCAUCGACUGGACCUUACUGCCAACCAAUCACAGAAAUAUCAAGUUCUACUCAAUGUGCAGCAACCACUACUCCAGUACCUGCAGAAAAUACUAGAACUAUAUCAAUGAAAAUAAAUCAAGCGUUCGACAGCACACUCACAGACACAAGCAGUGCAAUGUAUAUAAAGUACAGCAGUGACAUCACAAGUUCAAUUAACAGUGUUUACCAGAGUGUACUUUCGUCUUCAUACAAAGCUGGUUCUGCAAAAGUCAUUCAGUUCAGACCUGGCAGUGUGAUAGCAGACAUCAGCAUUAUAACAACAAGCAAUACACUUGAUUUUAGUGCAGCAAACAUACAAUUAGCUUCUGUUCUCAGUAACAAAGGAUAUGCAGUGAGUGCAGAUUCAUUUGCUGAAAUUGUGGAAAACGGCUUAUAUGAUACAAGCAAUGGCAACAUUUACCCUGGAAAAAAUAUGGUUUUGACCUGUAAACCUCCAGCCUCAAGUACUGGAGGAAUAAGCUGGAGUUUCAAUGAUUACAGUCUUGGUUCCAGUACUAAAUAUCAAAUCAGUACUGAUGGGAAAAUCCUCACUGUGACAAGCACCAGUGAUCAGGACAGUGGUAAAUAUGCGUGCAGAACGACUGUAAACUCAAUGGCGUACAUAAUCUUUCAAACAAUAACAGUUCAGCCAUUUCCCAACGUCAAUGUGAAUUCCUCAAAAACGUUGAAAUGUGAUGGUUCACCCAUCACUCUGCAGUGCUGUGCUGCGAGCGCCUAUGCAGUUCAGUGGAGCUUGGCUGAUCCAGCUGGGCCGCUAACAGACCCAAUGACAGGUUGCAACACCUAUACGGCCUCAGGUAGCAUCGUGGGGAACUGUAACAUCACGGAUAAAAUUCUCAUAUUCAAUUGGGCAGUCCGUGAACUCAACGGAAACCUCUACACUUCUGGAUCUGUCAAAAUAAAUCUGACAUCAAAAAAUUUGUACUGCUACAAUGAUCAAUUUGGAGGUGGGAAUUUAGAUGCCUAUGCGACUAGUGCCUGUGAUGCAGACAGCAUUGGCAAUGUGACAGCUCGCUGUAAAUCCAACCUAACAGACACAACAAAAGGUUACUGGGCCAUUGAAAACACUAACUGUAUCUUGCGUGCCCUCCAGAACCUGCUAGAAAGAGCUAAGAAUUUACAAGCUGUGGACGUUCCACAGUUUAUGGCUGAACUCCAAAACGUCACUGAAAUAUUUGCUGAUAAGAUAACAGACUCUACUGUGAAUACAUUAACAACUGUGGACUUGCUAAAAAUCAUUGCCAAUGUCUCACAGUCAUUCAGGGUUGAUAAGUCCAUUAUGACGAAUUUCCUAAAAACAGUGGAUGUUAUUGGGUCAAAGCAAGCUCAGAAUACAUGGCAGAAGUUGAACGCAGGCAACACAACUGAUAACGCAAGCUCUGUACUUCUGAGGUCUACUGAGGACAUGGGGAGCACACUAACAGACACAAGCUUUAGCAUAAUCACAAACAGCACUCAACUGAACAGAACUAAAACUUCUGGUUCAUUUUUUGGAACAUUUGGCACAAAUUUCUCUACACAGAUAGAUAUCCCAGUGUUUAAUGGACUGACUUCAAUUACCACCAUAGUUUUCACAGCUUUUGACAAUGUCUUGCCUGUUCGAAAUACAACUUACAAUGGCAAUCAAACCAAAAUCAAUGGAGACGUGGCUGCAAUUAUUGUAAACAAUACAGUUUACAACCUUUCCCUUACCUUUGAUGUUAAAAACACAUCACUGGGAAGCCCUCAGUGUGUCUUCUGGAACUUCAGUCUUUUGGAUGAGAUUGGAGGAUGGGACUCAACUGGAUGUGAAGUAAAGCCUUUAGUGAAUGAGACUGGCAAGUUUAAGUGCGAAUGCAACCACACAACCUCAUUCUCAAUCCUGAUGUCACCAUUUUUUGUGGACAAUCUUAUUUUAGGUUUCAUAACCUUCAUCUGUGUCGGCAUUUCAAUGAUCUGCUUAAUUUUGGCCCUCAUUAUUGAGAUCAUCGUAUGGAAGCCAUUGACCAGGAAUGACACAGCCUACAUGCGCCACGUCUCCAUGGUCAACAUCGCUCUGUCCCUCCUGAUUGCGGACAUAUGCUUCAUCAUUGGAGCAGCUAUUGUUAACAAAGGAGAACCAACACCAGUGGGUCCCUGCACUACAGCAACGUUCUUCAUGCACUUCUUUUACCUUGCUCUCUUCUUCUGGAUGUUGUUCUCAGCACUGCUGCUCUUGUAUCGCAUAACUUUGGUGUUUUCCAGAAUGUCCAAAGCUGUGAUGAUGGUCAUAGCAUUCUUUCUUGGCUAUGGGGCCCCAUUAUUGAUAGCCGUCAUCACUGUGGCGUCAACAGCUGGAGGUGGAGGAUACAUCCAGGAGGAGAACGCCUGUUGGCUGAACUGGAAUAAAACAAAGGCCAUGCUGGCGUUUGUGAUUCCUGCUCUGACUAUUGUAGCUAUAAACUUCCUGGUGCUGCUUGUGGUCGUUUGCAAGAUGAUAAGUAGGGGAGUUGGUAACGUCUCUGAGCCAGAUGAGAAAAAUGCCAUAGUGGUGAUUGCCAGAUGUGUGGCCAUUUUAACCCCUCUCUUUGGUCUGACCUGGGCAUUCGGCAUCGGGACCAUGGUGUCAUCUGCUUUAGGGAUUCACAUUGUGUUUGCAAUCCUUAAUUCACUGCAGGGCUUCUUUAUUUUUGUGUUUGGAAUUCUCCUGGAUAGUAAGAUCCGUGAGGAGCUGGUAGGAAAACUGUCUAUAAAGAAUUUCAGCUUCAGCCAAACCAAGACUACUAGUCUCUUCUCGUCCCGGAGAAAUGCAUACAACGUAUCAAACGCCAGCGGAGCCCCAGCUUCAUCUACAAACAACUCAGACACAUUUAUGAAUAUAAAUGAGUGAUAUAAAUGCAACUGCCUCACCAAAAAAUUUAAUGCUUUACUGCAUGAAUUGUGAAAUACAUGUAAAAACAUCUUUUGAAAGUUGCAUAAUUUAUAAAUAAUACGAAACAAAAUAAGAAAAAUAUAUACACAGAUUUUUUGAGAGGAGCAUUUUCUAUUUUCUUGCCAAAUGGUAAAAGCAUACAGCAUGUAAUUUUGAUUAAAAUCUAAAGCAGUAAUCUUGGUAUUCAUUAGAUUAUGGGACUAUUGCACUUCUCUCUUUUGAGACCCCGAUUCCUGUACAGAUUUUAUCUACAUUUUAUUUUGUAAUCAGAGGUGAGAUCAGAUCACUUUCUGAAUCAAUUAUAGUGAUAAUCAUUGCAUUAAGAAUCUUGCUUUACUGAUUAAACAGUAUUUAAAGAAUAAUAAAAUGAGUGGUAAUGAUUUUACUUUUUUACAGCUAUGCAAUAGAGUGUAGUUUUUUAGCUUCAGGCAUUGAUCAUCAUUUUUUUCUCUCUUUUCUGUAAAUAUUGUUCAGUUUGGUUGUUUUGGUUUCUGUUGUCAUCUAAAUUCGAUUAAAACUAACAACUGUUUUCAGUUUGCUUAGCUAGUUUUAUUUUAGUCCUGUGCUCA